AACCCGUCUCUCAACCACGGCAGAUGGGGCAAUGCAUCCGCCAGCCUCCCGACAAUAUUCACCGGGUAGUGAUAACCCUCCGCCGUUACCGCCACCCAGAGGAUCUCAUAAUCCACCGCCGACACCGCCGAGGGGGACCACUCCGCCACCUCCUCUUCCGCCACACUCCGCCAAUAAUAUGAACGGUGUACUGCCCCCUCUGUACCGGCGUAUGUCCCCUGUACCAGGUCCAGGUCCAGGUCGACCGUUGUCCGGUGCCAGGGGAACCAGCCCCGUAGCCAGGCAAACCCCUCUUCUUAUACCCAACAACCUAGAGGUUCAUCAACAGGUAGAAAAUUAG